UAUGGCUUAAAAACUCCUUAAAAAAAAAAGUAAAUAACAAAACAAAAAAUCAAACAAGAAUGACAAACCAAGUAUUGAAUUCAUUUAAAUUAGAGCACAAAAUUAAAAAGAAUAAAUCUUAGACAUUGUAUACUAAAAUUGUUACUGAAGAAAAUACCAAAAUCACAAAAACCAUAAAUAAAAAUAUUGAAGAAUAAAUGAUGGAAAAAGCAAAACUUAAUUAAGAAUCAUUUAGAUUAUUGAAAACCAAGGAAGAAUAAAAGAAGAUAGCAAAGGAAGCAAAAAAAUAAGCGUCAUGAUU